AUGGCGGCGGAUCUGAACCUGGAGUGGAUCUGCUCCCUACCCCGCUCCUGGACUUACGGGAUCACCAGGGGCGGCCGAGUCUUCUUCAUCAACGAGGAGGCGAAGAGCACCACCUGGCUGCACCCCGUCACCGGCGAGGCCGUGGUUACCGGGCACCGGCGGCAGAGCGCAGAUUUGCCUACUGGCUGGGAAGAAGCAUAUACUUUUGAAGGUGCAAGAUACUAUAUAAACCACAAUGAAAGGAAAGUGACUUGUAAACAUCCAGUCACAGGACAGCCAUCACAGGACAAUUGUAUUUUUGUAGUGAAUGAACAGACCGUUGCAACCAUGACACCUGAAGAGAAGAAGGAACGACCUAUAAGCAUGAUAAACGAAACUUCUAACUACAACAUGACUUCAGAUUAUGCGGCGCAUCCAAUGAGUCCUAUAGGCAGAACUUCACGAGCUUCAAAAAAAGUUCACAAUUUUGGAAAGAGAUCGAAUUCAAUUAAGAGGAACCCUAAUGCACCUGUGGUCAGACGAGGUUGGCUUUAUAAACAGGACAGUACUGGCAUGAAGCUGUGGAAAAAACGCUGGUUCGUGCUUUCUGACCUCUGCCUCUUUUAUUAUAGAGAUGAGAAAGAAGAGGGUAUCCUGGGAAGCAUACUAUUACCUAGUUUUCAAAUAGCUAUGCUUACCUCUGAGGACCACAUUAAUCGCAAAUACGCUUUUAAGGCAGCCCAUCCAAACAUGCGGACCUAUUAUUUCUGCACUGAUACAGGAAAGGAAAUGGAGUUGUGGAUGAAAGCCAUGUUAGACGCUGCCCUAGUACAGACAGAACCUGUGAAAAGAAUUACCUUUAAUUUCCGAGUGGACAAGAUUACAUCUGAAAAUGCACCAACUAAAGAAAUCAAUAACUUCCCCAACCAUAGAGUGCUAAUUAAACCAGAGGUCCAAAAUAACCAGAAAAACAAGGAAAUAAGCAAAAGUGAAGAAAAAAAGGCAUUAGAAGCUGAAAAAUACGGAUUUCAGAAGGAUGGUCAAGAUAGACCUUUAACAAAAAUUAAUAGCGUAAAGUUGAAUUCGCUGCCAUCUGAAUAUGAGAGCGGGUCAACAUGCCCAGCUCAGACUGGACACUAUAGGCCAGUCAGUGUGAAUAGUUCGGAGAACAAAAUAGUCAAUGUCAGCCUGGCAGAUCUUAGAGGUGGAAAUCACCCAAGUACAGGGCCUUUACACACAGAGGCUGAUCGAGUCAUCCAGAGAACAAACUCAAUGCAACAGUUGGAACAAUGGAUUAAAAUCCAGAAGGGGAGGGGUCAUGAAGAAGAAACCAGGGGAGUAAUUUCUUAUCAGACAUUACCAAGAAAUAUGCCAAGCCACAGAGCCCAGGUUAUGGCUCGCUAUCCCGAGGGUUAUAGAACACUCCCAAGGAACAGCAAGACCAGGCCGGAAAGUAUCUGCAGUGUAACCCCUUCCACUCACGACCAAGCAGUAGGACCUGGAGCAGAAGAGAAACGGAGAUCAAUGAGAGAUGACACGAUGUGGCAGCUUUACGAAUGGCAGCAGCGUCAGUUCUAUAAUAAGCAGAGCACCCUCCCUCGUCAUGGUCCUUUGACCAGUCCCAAAACCAUGGUUAAUAUUUCUGAUCAGACCAUGCACUCUAUUCCCACAUCACCUUCCCAUGGGUCAAUAGCUGCUUAUCAGGGAUACUCCCCUCAACGAACGUACAGAUCAGAAGUCUCUUCCCCAAUUCAGAGAGGAGAUGUGACAAUAGAUCGCAGGCACAGGGCCCACCACCCUAAGCACGUCUAUGUGCCUGACAGGAGGUCAAUGCCAGCUGGCCUGACUUUGCAGUCUAUUAGUCCCCAGAGCCUCCAAGGCAAAACGCCAGAGGAGCUUACGCUGUUGCUAAUAAAGCUGAGACGGCAGCAGGCCGAACUGAAUAGUGUCCGGGAACACACGUUAGCACAGCUCAUGCAGCUGAAACUUGAGGCCCACAGCCCGAAGAAUGAAAUUCUUUCACAUCAUCUUCAAAGGAACACCAUAUAUUUGGAUCAUCAGAUGAAAGAAAAUGAACCUAUUAUCACCAUGGUUCACACAAUGAUUGAGAACUCGGCGCUAAGACCCCAACUGUACCAGCAAUUCUUAAGACAGAAGAGCAAGAUAAGUUUAUAUUGUCUGUCACAAGAUGAAUGUAGAGGCACGUUAUAUAAAUACAGACCUGAAGAAGUAGAUAUCGAUGCCAAGUUAAGCCGGUUGUGUGAACAAGAUAAAGUGGUACAUGCCCUGGAAGAGAAACUUCAGCAACUCCACAAGGAGAAAUACACGCUUGAGCAAGCUUUGCUAUCAGCCAGCCAAGAGAUAGAAAUGAAUGCAGAUAACCCAGCAGCCAUUCAGACCGUGGUGCUGCAGAGGGACGACCUACAAAACGGACUGCUCAGUACAUGCAGAGAACUCUCCCGAGCCACUGCUGAACUGGAGCGAGCAUGGAGAGAAUAUGACAAGUUAGAAUACGAUGUAACUGUUACCAGGAACCAGAUGCAAGAACAACUAGAUCGUCUUGGUGAAGUUCAGACUGAAUCAGCAGGAAUUCAGCGUGCACAGAUUCAGAAAGAACUUUGGAGAAUUCAGGAUGUCAUGGAAGGACUGAGUAAACACAAACAGCAAAGAGGCACCACAGAAACAGGUAUGGCAGGGUCAAAGCCUUUCUCAACAGUUAAGUACAAAAAUGAGGAAGAGGAAGUAGUCCCACCUCGUCCUCCACUUCCUCGGUCCUAUGACUUUACAGAGCAGCCUCCCAUAAUCCCCCCUCUGCCCAGUGAUAGCAGCUCCUUGCUCUGUUAUAGCAGGGGCCCAGUCCAUCUGCCUGAAGAAAAGAAGAUUCAUCAAGUUCAAGGAUAUCCAAGAAAUGGAUCUCACUGUGGUCCAGAUUAUAGACUCUACAAGAGUGAACCUGAGUUAACAACAGUGGCAGAAGUUGAUGAAUCUAAUGGAGAAGAAAAAUCAGAACCUGUUUCAGAAAUAGAAACUUCCGUAAAAGACAUUUUAACAAUAAUAAAAUCAGUGUUGGUCCAGUACAUAUAUAAGUCCAUAAUCCCUAAUCUGAAACUUUUGGAAUCCAAUGAGCUUCUGAAUUCAGAAGUUUCAGGUAUUAGGAAGGAACGGCCGAGAAGUGCAGUGGAACAACUCUGUUUGGCAGAAAGUACCCGAACUAGGAUGACUGUGGAAGAGCAAAUGGAAAGAAUAAGGAGACAUCAGCAAGCAUGCUUGAGGGAAAAGAAAAAAGGAUUAAAUGUUAUUGGUGCUUUAGACCAGUCACCCUUACAGAGUCCUUCAGGUUUAAGGGAUAAUCCAUUCAGGAUUACCCAGACUCGAAGAAGGGAUGAUAACGUUAAGGAAAUGGAUACAGUCAUUAGAGAAAAUGAUGUGAAGCCAACCCGUGAAACUCCUGCAGCAGAAAUUGUUCGACUAAAAGAAGCUGAACCUCAAGAUACGGAUUUCAACAAAGAGUUUAAAAAAACUGAGGACGUUUUUUCCAAAACCCUUUUCAAACCUGAACCAAAUGGAGUAAGUUCAGAGGAAGUGAUGGAUAAAGAGGGAAACAAGGAGAAAAUGUCUGAGGAUGUUCCAUACAGUCCUCAGGAUGAGACGCAGAUCACAAAUCAUAAAACAGAAAGUCACCCUGAAGAAAAUAUAAAGGACAAUAUUCAUGAGCAGGAAGAAACUGUUGCUUCUUAUGAACAAACUCCCGAGGCUUCUAGAGGAAAUCAAACAGCAGGUACGAAAAGUCUGUCCCCAUCUCCUGAGUCCUCGGCAUCGCCCGUUCCAGCCACUCAGCCGCAGCUCACGGAAGGAUCCCAUUUCAUGUGUGUGUAGUCUCAGAAAAACUAUACUGACUUCUGUUGAAACCAUUCAAAGCUAAGGACAUGGACCUUCAGCAAUGUGAGAAGAUAUUGUACAGUAUAUUUUAAAUCUAUGAAAUUCAUAGUUCUGAUGCUUUUGGCCACAGAGCAUCAUUUUAUCACUUCUGGAAAAUGUUUAUUCCAAACAGCUUUAAUGGCUCAUAUGUACACUCCAUAAUCUCAAGGUGGUUGUUCUGACACCAGCUUGCUGCUAUGAUUUCAGAGCACAUAAGUAAAGGUGCUUUUUUAAUGUGCGGUCUACAGCCAGAGCUUACUUAGUUGCUGAUUUCCAGAUUUUGAUGUUUCUAAAGUUUAGGUGGAUUUAUAUUUCUUUUUGCUUUUUCAGUACAAAAAUUUAGUUAUUAUUUCCAAUGAAGCUUGUUUUCCUUUUAUUUUUCCUUCCCAUUUUGGCUACUGCAAUGCUUUGUUUCACACUUGAUUUGUAAAAAUUUUAUAUAUAUAUUUAAGAUGUGCCAUUUCAUUAUUGCUAAGUGAAGUACGUCCUGUUUUCUGCUAUAAUUAUUUCUCAGUCAGAUUGCAAUGUCAGCAGUUACUGCCACACUCUUGUCAGCUUAAACACAAAUGUUACCGCUUACUCUUUCUUAAAAAUACAAUUUAAAAUGUAGGCAUUUUGAAGUACUGGGCUUAUAUUUCAAUUGGGAUAGAUGUGUACAGCAACAAGCAGGUUUUCAAAUCCAGUACUUAGUUUGUGUACAAAUGUAAUUAUGUUCAUUGUGUAUAUAUUAUACAAUGAGCACAUGUAAGUAUUAAAGGCUACUUACUGUUGUUUAAAUGCAAAUGUUCAUAUCUCAUUUCUUUUUUAUCAUGUUAAA